CCACCGACGUCGUUUUAGAAGACUUCCUUUCCAAUUCGUAGCUCAUACUUCCUCCCAGGCUGCUGCAUUUUCCUCUAGGUUGGCAAAUUUCUCUCAAGCCGCCCCCUGUCUCUGGGUGCUAUUAAAUCUCCCCUAAGUGAAUUUUCAAGGUGCAGCAGUUAAAACGAUUUGUGGUGAAAUGGCAUUGGUGGUAAUUUGUGGACAACCUUGCAGUGGGAAGUCUAUGGCUGCUAAAUGUCUGGCUGAAGCUCUGAAUGAAUCAGAAUGCAAACAGACAGUAAGGGUCAUUGAUGAAACUUCAUUCCAUCUUGAUCGUAAUCAGAGUUAUGCUAAUAUGCCUGCUGAGAAGAAUUUACGGGGAGUACUGAGGUCUGAAGUUGAUAGAUCUGUGUCCAAAGAUAAUAUCAUUAUUGUUGAUUCUUUGAACAGUAUCAAGGGUUAUAGAUACGAGUUAUGGUGUUUGGCUCGUGCUGCGGGGAUAAAGUACUGUGUGUUAUAUUGUGAUGUUGGAGAAGAGCAGUGUAGGAAAUGGAACAAAGAACGAAGGGAGAAGGGGGAGACUGCGUAUGAUGAUGUUAUAUUUGAAGAUUUAGUUAGAAGGUUUGAGAAACCAGAUCGAAGAAAUCGUUGGGAUUCGCCUUUGUUUGAGUUGUGGCCUCAUAAUGAUGGAGUAGAGAAAUCUUCUGUUGCCAUUGCAGAUGCAGUUUCUUAUUUGACAAAAAAAGUGGACUCAAAAUCACGUGAUGUUAAGAUUUUACAGCCAACCAUUGCUACACAAAAUACACGGUUUUCGGAGGUGAAUUCUUUGUAUGAGUUGGAUAGAGCAACACAGGAGGUGAUUAAUGCUAUUGUGGAGGCACAAUCCCAGGCAAUUGGAGGACCUCUUGCUGGUAUUUCUAUUGGCCAAGGUUUACCAAGUAUCAAUAUUUCCAGAUCAGUUGGGUUGCCAGAGCUACGUAGUCUACGACGUACAUUCAUCAAGUUAACGGGGCAAACAAGUUUGAGUGGGCGACCUCCACCAUCUGAUGCAGACAGUGCAAAAAGGAUGUUUGUAGACUAUCUGAAUAGAGAACUGGGAACUAUUGCUUGAAAGAGGGCUAAUACCCUAGUUUUAUACCUUGAUCAGUGUUGUCAAAGGUUACUAAUGUAUUUUCUACUGUUAUUUUCUCACAAGAACAGUUUAGAUUGUCUCAGAAUUAUCUUAGACUUGGCAAUAAUGUACUCUGAAAAUCUAUGUCUUCUGCA